UGAAUUUUUGCAAUGUUGCUAGUUAUGGUGAACGACAUAGAUGGCACAUUGUUUGGGUUUGCAUGUAAUUUAUAGGAAAAUAUCCAUUCUCUGACCAAGUAGAGAUCAUUACAAAAAUUAAUCGGGUUGUGAUUUCAAUCGUCAAUAAAAAGAAGGAAGAUAUUCGGAAUAUCGUAUUCGUGCCCUUUCAAAGGCCAAGAUAUGGUAAGAUACAAGUUCUUAUUUUAUCAUAAGUUGCGCAAUUUAAGACUAAGUUGCGCAAUUUAAGCUGUCAUGGACGAAGCGUUUCUCCAGUUAAAUACUUAUUAAAUUAGAAGAAUUUUCUAUAUUUGCCAAAAUAAUUUGAUUGAACAUUUUACUACUCAAGGUAAUUUUACAGAACCAAUUUUAUAACAGAAGUGUAUAUCUUCCUGGUCACGUGUCCUAUGUGCGUCAUGACAGGCAGGUAGGGUGUUAUAGCGAGAAAGUUCCUGAAAAGUACGAGAAAACGAAGAUCGAAGAGUACUAUAAAAUAUGAUCUUGCAUCGGCCACUAAACUGGCACACUGUUUGUCUAUCUUCUCAGUUUUGGCCAAAAAGUCCUGGGCAGAAAAUUAUUUGAAGUGAUAAUGAAGGGAACCUUUUAUGGACACUUUGUUGCUGGGGAAAUGAAAGAAGAGAUAAAGCCAAAAAUUGAUCUAAUGGAAAAGUUUGGAGUUGGGGCAAUUUUGGACUAUGCAGUGGAGGCUGAUAUGCCAUCAAGCACUGUUGUGGAGGCUGCAGUACCCUCUGUACUGCCAAAAGGUGACCAAACGGGAGCUGUUCUGGAUAUUGCUGAUGUAGAGAAACGGUUCAAGUUUCAGAGAAAAUUUGCUGACAGAAGAAAGGAUCUUUACAGUGCAAGGACAUAUAUUUAUGAAGGAGAAGAAAAAUGUGACCAGAACAGAGAUGUCUUUCUAGAUUGCAUAGAGACAACAGGCAAAACAAGUCAUAAUGGUUUUGCUGCUAUCAAAAUUACUGCUCUUGGGCGACCUCACUUGUUGCUCCGGCUGUCAGAAAUUUUGAACCAAACAACGUAUUUCUUUGAUAAACUUGCAAGCAAGUCUGGUUUUCUAAACGAGAGAUCCAUUGCCAACAGCACAUUUUAUAAAGGAUUGCAGGACCUUGGGAUUGACAUGUCAGAAUCAGAGGCAGCGAAAAUUUUUGAUUUAAUUGAUGAAAACAAAUCGGGCCAUAUUGAUGUGAUCGAAUGGCAUAAUUUCCUGACACCACAGUUGCAACUGAGCAAACUGUUCAGAGCUAAGCCGAAAACAGUGGGUGAUGCUAGCACACCACUGUUGACCACACUGACGGAUGCAGAACUGCAAGAGAUGCACAACCUGCAAGAUAGGCUGAUGCAGAUUGCAGAGCUUGCAAAGGAAAGAGGUGUAACUCUGAUGAUUGAUGCCGAGCAAAGCUACUUUCAGCCUGCAAUUAGUCGAUUAACUCUUGACUGCCAAAGGACUUUAAAUAAAGAGAGGCCCGUUGUUUUCAACACCUACCAAUGUUACUUGAAGGGUGCUCAAGAUACAGUUUUGGUUGACCUUGAACUGGCCAAGCGUGAGAAUUUCUAUUUUGGUGCAAAAUUGGUACGAGGUGCAUACAUGGAGCAAGAGAGAGCCAGGGCGGCCACGGUUGGGUAUGAUGAUCCAAUCCACCCCAAUUACGAGGCGACAAACAACUCCUAUAAUACGGUAAUUGACUGUAUUAUGAAGGCGGUGGCUGAAAGGGGAGCUAGUGUGAUGAUAGCUUCGCAUAACGAAGAGUCAGUCAGGUUAACAGUUGACAAAAUGAAGAAGUACGCUAUCGAACCGAGGGCUGGAAAGGUGUUCUUUGGACAGUUGUUAGGAAUGUGUGAUGGAAUUUCGUACGCCCUCGGCCAAGCCGGGUUCUCAGCCUACAAAUACGUCCCGUAUGGCCCAGUUAUUGAAGUGCUACCGUAUCUUUCCCGUCGUGCAGUGGAAAAUCGCGGGCUGUUGCGCGGGAUUGUAAAGGAGAGGCAAAUGUUAUGGGAUGAAUUAAAACGCCGCGUUCGUGAAGGUGACAUGAAGCACAAUCCGUAUUUGUUUGUAAGAUAGCGCAUUUAUGUACGAUUGCUCUAGUAUUUCGCAUUUAACGCAGUUAUGUUGUGAAAAUGGCAGCUUGAAUCGUAAAUUGCCUUGCUGGCCUAGAUUGUGUAACGUAUAUGUAAUUAAUUGUGGUUAAGUCAGGGCAGUUAUCUGAAAGAGCUAAAAGAUUUUGCGAAUUUCAUUUGGGUGUGGCGCCAGUAGGAAAAUAUUUUUAAAAUAAGCAAAUCUUAGUUGAGCUUUAUGCUAUUGUUUAGAGGUUGGGUUUCAACUAUGGCUAAAAAAGAUAAUGGAGGACCAGAUUGAUGUCCUUAUUCUCCAUGGGCCUUUAAGCAUAAAGAAAUUAAGAUGGCCCUUUUUGAAAAAAUUGCUUAUCUUUCUAAGUUUUAUAUUGAAGCGGAGGUUUCAUCGUCAUAUGAUGGGCUCUUUGGACUUUUUCUGCAAUAAAGGACAUCUGUUAAUUUGUAUCCUCGAAUCUCUGUGACUUUAGAUCAGGCUAUGAACAUUCCUACCCCCUCCCCCCCCCCCCCGCCCCAAUCUCCCGUUCACCGCAUGCAUGCCUAUUGUUUCAAUAGAUUUUCGUUAACUUUGAUUUUUUUAUUGUAUUCACUAUUUAUUCUGCCUUGGAUAUAUUUAUCUAAUAUUCAAUAUUGCCUGGCUGGCUGUUUCUCGACAGUUUACUUUAGACUGUUAUUAUUUUAUAAUCGUCCACUGGUGAAUCGCUGUAUCGGUUUUUAAUCUAUUAUAUGUAUAUAGUCAUUAAAUAAACAUACUUUUUGUAUCAUUCAAUUUCUUAGGAAUGUUAUUGCAUUCUUUGCGUCACAUAUAUAACAUGAAAUCUUUCAUAUCGGUGGCUUAUAGGUAACUUGCCGUUCGAUGCCUUAGGGUUUUUUUAUUAUUGAAAUAAUUGCUUUCCAAUUGCUCGCUUUUCUUCAAAGACAGGGAUGAAGUUCCCCGGGGUGGAAAGGCGGCUUGAUCCAGCAAAUAAUUGUUAGCAUUAUGAACUUUUCCUACUUUCCCUGGCAAAAAUAGUUGGAACUUUUCAAGGAAAGGUGAUAUUUUCUCUUUCAUUUGAAAAAUAACUUUUUCUCUCCCCAAAUUCAAUGUUGAAUGCAUGAUUUGAGGAGAAAUGGUAGAAAUACAAAUCCAACAAUGAUUCAGGGAAAGGGGGGACUCGAAUAUACAGGGGCAACUUUAAGUAGAAAAUUGCAAAAUUUCCAUUAUGUCUCAACAUUUUUGUACGUGAUUGUCGAUUUUACAGGACAGGCUCUUUCAUAUGUUUUUAUGUUAUUUGCCGGCUGCCAGCGUUUUGCGUUCUUAUUUAUGAUCUAACUGGGGGCAGGUACCUCGUUUUUCGUUGAAUUUACGUUAUAAGUAUUUGUAUCGCUCUUGAUGAACGCAAAGAGUUUGUUUCUCGAAAAGAGAUUGUUGUAAUGUAAUAUGAGUUAGAUCAUUGUUAAUGAA